UAUGGCAUGCGCCGAUUGGCCAAAACCAAGAUUCGAAGUAACAACAGAGAUUCUGAUUGGUUCUUCUGACACCCGCGAGGGGUUGCAAGCGAAGAUUUGCGAAAGGGUUUAUUGUUUCUUCCUUUCGGGAGCCGAAAUUAUUUCAUAACAGUUCUACAAUCAAAUAAGGCGAAAAAUGGCUGGGGGCAAGGCCGGAAAAGACAGUGGCAAAGCGAAAGCAAAGGCGGUAUCUCGCUCCCAGAGGGCUGGGCUGCAGUUUCCAGUGGGACGUAUCCACAGGCACUUGAAGACCCGCACAACCAGCCAUGGUCGUGUGGGAGCCACAGCAGCCGUCUACAGUGCAGCUAUCCUCGAGUACCUCACUGCUGAAGUGCUGGAGUUGGCAGGAAACGCCUCUAAAGAUCUCAAGGUGAAGCGUAUCACCCCCCGUCACUUGCAGCUCGCCAUCCGUGGUGAUGAGGAGUUGGACUCUCUCAUCAAGGCAACGAUCGCAGGAGGCGGUGUGAUCCCUCACAUCCACAAGUCCCUCAUUGGAAAGAAGGGUCAGCAGAAGACUGCAUAGAUGCAGUGUUUUAGCUGAAAUGUUGGUGCUUGGGUUGGACCAGAUAUUUUGUUUUCAUUUUUCCUUUUUUUUUAUUAAUAUUAUAGCUAAAGAAGAGUGAUUUUUAGAAUUUGUUAUUGUAAUAUUCUCCCCCAUAAUCAUGGAAAAAGCCCACAUUAGAAGGAAGAGGGAGGGAUGCUUAUUGUUACUGUAGAACGUCUGACUGGGGAGUUCUUCAUUUGUUAAUUGUAAUUUGUUUGAUUGGCCUGGGAUUCUGUAAUGUUUUAUACAAAAAAAUGGACUUGUUAAACCAUUUUUAUACAAAAAACCAA